GCAGCUUUACUAUUUGAAAAAUUUAGAACAAGCCCGAGACAGCUGUGAUGCUUUGGCCAAAGCUAUCUAUGAGCGAAUGUUUGGAUGGGUGAUUAGAAGAAUCAAUGAGGAUCUGAACCCCACUAAACAAAGGAAAAAGGUUGCUGCAUCUAUAGGGAUACUUGAUAUUGCUGGGUUCGAGAAUCUUGAAGUCAACAGUUUUGGACAACUGUGCAUCAAUUUUGUCAAUGAACGUUUACAGAAUUUUAUGAACGAACAUGUGUUUACGAAUGAGAAAAGGCUAUACCGUGAUGAAGGCAUUCCAUUAGAAGAUAUAGAUUUCAAAAAUAAUGACGACAUUAUCGAUACGUUCCUAGAGAAGCCAUUUGGGUUACUCAAUUUACUGGACGAAGAAACUAAGUUCAGGCAAGGCUCAGAUGCAGGUUUUGUUCUUAAAAUUAGAACAAACCAUGCUAAAUCAGAAAUCAUUAAAAAAUCACGAAAUGACGAUCCAGUUUUCACAGUAUGCCAUUUCGCCGGAAAGGUACGGUAUGACUGUAAUGGCUUUCUUGAUAAGAACAGGGACACUCUGAACGACGAUUUGUUUGACUGUAUGAAGGACAGUACAAAUGAUUUCAUCAGCGAUCUUUUUACUAUCAAAAAGGGACCAACCGGCACAAUAUCAGAAACACAAUUCCAUUUACGACAGUCAAAGAAAGUUCAUACAGAGCACAGGCCAAAGUAUUCCAGACAACUGUCUACAGAACUCGGAAAGUCUUUGAAAAAGUUUUCCUGGAGUGUCCCAGAACAAUACAGAGACAACGCAAAUAAACACAAAACUGUUAUUUCAUACUUUAGGGAGUCAAUGGACAAACUUAUGUCGAAAAUUAAACAUGCAGAGGCGCAUUUUGUCAGGUGUAUCAAGCCAAAAGAACAGAAACAAGGGGAUAAUUUCAAUGCUCAAUAUGUGAAAAGGCAACUGUUAUAUAAUGGUAUAACUGAAAUAGCUAAAAUAAGAAAACAUGGCUAUCCAAUCAGAAAAACACACAUGGACUUUUACAAUAGAUUUUUUGUUCUUCAUUCUGAGUUUUCUAAGAAACAUCCGCCAAAUCCUGACCAGACCAACAAACUGUUAUUAGACAAAGUUUUACCAGAUGACCUGAAAAAAGAGUGCAAAAUUGGAAAACAUAGAGUUUUCAUGAGAGAACCAGUUCACUUAUCUUUAGAAAAGCAGUUAUACCAUCGCGAAAAAUUGUUCGGAAUUUUGCACACAAUUUGGUUAGGUAUGAAAGCAAGAACAUUGUUUAGAAAAAUGAAAAGAAAAGUAGAGUUUGAAAAAAAGAAAGAGAACGACGAGAAAAAAGAAACGGUACUACAUACAACAUUUGAAGACUCACCCUCUGAUACCCAAACUAAAAAAGAUGGAUACACUACUGAAGAAAUGAGGCACAAUGGAGCGUCCAGUCAAACGAGCCGUCAUGGUGAAAGUAACCCUACAACAGUACGUAAACGUAUAAAAGAAGACAACAAAUUUCCUUCGAAAACAAGACAAGACAUUGGUACAGGAUCAAUUUAUCCUGAUCAUCAAAAUACUGUUGAUACAGAGGAUACAGAGGAACAGAAGAAAAAAGAGUCUAAAGGAAAAGAAAAACCGUUUUGGGAUAUUUUCAACAAUAUACCGAGAGAAAUGAAAUCUAAAGAUGUUCAUGAGAGAAGUAGCCUGAGAGUCAUAAAAGUGAUUAUUUAUGGGCUUUUAUUUUUUCUUGUGUUUUGUUCUCUUGUGGUCCAGAAGAUUAGUUUGAUGUUGCUAGUUAAUUACGAGCACGAGGAGAGGAAUAACAAUACCAUUUCUGAAAAUGGAACAGAGUAUACCACACAGAUACCAGUAAACAGCAGUCAGCACUACCAGGUUGAAGGCGUUGAUCUUCCGCAUGUUAAACAUUUUCUCUUGGUCCUUGCAAUAUGUAUACCAUAUACACUGACAGUGGUUUUUGGACUUCUGAGAGUAUUAUUUGGAAACAUCAAGUCACCAGCCAUGCAAACAAUGCUUGUGGUACUUACCAUUGAGUGUAUGCAUUCCGUUGGAUUAGGAUUCCUUGUGUUUAAGGUAUUGGGAGAACUGCAUGCAGCAUAUGGUAUUAUGGUAUUGAAUACCACUUGUUUUGUUCCUAGCGUUCUUAAUUUGUUUCCUUCAAGAGCAACAGCUAAUGGCGAUUCUGUAAAGAAAUGUCUGAAGGCUUGCAGGAAAGUCACUGACACAAUUAUCAACAUACUUGCAUUCGCGGCUCAAAUAUCAGUUAUACCACUUGUUAUUUACUUCGGUGUUUAUAAAAUGAAUGUUUCAACAGAAGAAACUAUUUACAGUAUAUGUUGCUUUUUACUUUCUUCCUUAUCAUGGUGGGAAAAUUUCCUACCUGAUGGAUCGAAGAAGAAAAACGCUUUAACCGAUGGAACGGAGAUAAAUAACACUUUAACCGAUAGAUCGACGAAGAAAAACCCUUUUACUGAUGGAACAGAGAAGAAUAACACAAUAAAUGGAAAAAUUACACGUAUCGACAAGUUUGAUCAAACAAUUUUAAGCAUACAAUUCGAUCUACAAGAAAGUCGGCCAUUCAUUACAGCAAUAUCGUCAUUGCUCAAAAUUGGGGUCACAAUUUUAAUUGGUGUCUUCUUACCAGAAUCAGAUCUGAAUUUAGUCACAGGAUGGAAGGAUCUAACAUCAGAUGAAAUAUUUAAAUUUACACCAAUAAUUUGUAUAACAACAUGCUCCUUUUUGGCUUUCUUCAUGGCAUAUAUAGCAUGCAGGUUGAAAUUACAGGUGUUCUCUUUUUCAUUUGCUUGCUUCCUGUCGACCCCUUUUGCUGUUGGAAUUGUCAUGAUUGACUGUGAAUACAAUAUUUUAUCAGCAUUCACCAAAGACAGUUUAAAUUGCCAGGUAGAAGGUUCGAUCGAUUUGUACAUGUAUUUCAUUUGGGGUUUCAUAUUAUUCGUUUCAAUAUAUUGGAUUGCAAGGCACAUCUGGAGUCCAAAUCAAGAGAGACUAGCAAAGAUGGACAAACUGUUUGUGAAUCCUCUAUACUGCAGCAUUCUCUUAGAACAACACUUGUUGAUGAAUAGACGAAGAUAUGUCAGACGGAUCAGAAAAGAAGUAGAAAAUGGGGUUGAACUAUAUAGAAUCAAUGUAGAAGAAAGUAAAACACCUUUAAAAAAGAUACCUCCAAUGAUAUAUGCUUGUGCAACCAUGUGGCAUGAAAAUCGACAGGAAAUGGUGCAGCUAUUAAAGUCAUUAUAUAGAGUUGACACGGAUCAGUAUAUUAGACAGAAGGCAUUAGAAACUUAUAUUUCACUGAAUAAAGGUGAAGAAGUAAACACGGAAGCAUUUGAAUACUAUGAAUUCGAAGCUCACAUUCUAUUUGAUGAUGCUUAUGAAUUGGAUGAUAAUGAAGAAGAAAUGGUGCCCAACAAAUUUGUGAGACUGUUUAUAGAUGUUAUGCAGGAAGCUGCAAAUGCUAUUCUAAAGAAACACAUAGAGCUCAGAAAGCCGAGAAUAAUUUCAUCGCCUUAUGGAGCACAGUUAGUGUUUCUACUUCCUGGAAACAACUUAAUGUAUGUUCAUCUCAAAGACAAGAAUAAAAUACGACACAGGAAAAGGUGGUCCCAGGUAAUGUACAUGUACUACCUGCUUGGUUAUCGCUUAACGAAUGCAUCUAAGGAAAAAACAAAGAUAUCCAUAAAAGAAGACAAAUUUGCUGACUACAUCACAUGGAAUACAAAACCGAAGGGCGGCAUAUUUGAAAAAAGCCAAAUUUUUAAUAUAUUGGAUGAUGAAAUUGUGAAUCGGGCUGAAAAUACGUUCAUAUUAGCUUUAGAUGGAGAUGUGGAUUUUACUCCGAAAGCUGUAAGAUUGCUUGUUGAUAGAAUGGUAACGAAUGAACAAUUAGGUGCUGCAUGUGGUCGUAUACAUCCUAUUGGCAAAGGUCCAAUGGUAUGGUAUCAAAAAUUUGAGUACGCCGUGGCCCACUGGUUACAAAAAUCGACAGAGCAUGUUCUUGGAUGUGUGCUGUGCAGCCCAGGAUGUUUCAGUCUCUUUCGUGGAUCAGCUUUAAUGGACGACAAUGUCAUGAGAAAGUAUACUAUCAAACCCACGGAAGCCUCACAUCACCUUAUGUAUGACCAAGGUGAGGAUCGCUGGUUGUGUACAUUACUGCUUCAGCAAGGAUAUAGGGUAGAUUAUGCCGCUGCCUCAGAUGCCUAUACUUAUGCACCCGAAGGAUUUGGAGAAUUCUUCAACCAAAGAAGGCGUUGGAUGCCAUCGACAAUUGCUAAUAUUAUGGAUUUACUGACAGAUGCGAGGAACACCGUGUCUAUAAAUAACAACAUCAGUUGGUUGUUCAUGAUUUAUCAAGGAGCUUUGAUGUUGUCGACCUUGAUUGGACCUUCCACAGUAAUCAUGAUGAUAGCUGGAGCAUAUCUAACUGUUUUUCAAAUGAAUCUUCUAACAUCUUAUGCAAUAGCUCUUUCACCAGCUAUUUUAUACACGAUUUUAUGCUUUACAGUGAAGCCUAAAUAUCAGAUAAUCACAGCAGAAAUAUUCAGCGCCAUUUAUUCAUUUAUAAUGAUGGUGGUAUUUGUUGGAUGCAUUAUAACAGCCGUUAAGCAGAGUCCAUUUCAUCCGAGUGUAAUUUUCCUAUGCGCAAUGGUGUUUAUUUUCCUUUUCGCUGCCGUUAUUCACCCAUGGGAAUUUAGCUGCAUUUUUUACGGGCUAUUAUACUUUUUGUGUGUUCCUAGUGGAUUUUUAUUAUUGAUCAUUUAUUCACUAUGUAAUAUGAACUCUGUAUCAUGGGGAACACGCGAAGUAGCUAAGAAAAAAACGCAAAAAGAAAAGGAUGAGGAAGAAAGAAAUAAAAAAGAAAAAGAAAAAAAGAAGAAACAAAAAAGCUGGUUAAAACGCUUAAUGCCAGUUAAUCAGCUAAAAGAUUUAAGAAGUAUAUUAGAGCUCUCAAAAAAGGAAACAAAAACGAAAGAAGACAGAGGUAUACAGACUGAAGAUUUAAAUGAAGUUGUAGUCGAAACGAAUAAAAGGAAAACAGUCAGUUGGUCAGACAAAACACCAGACAAACCAAUUCACGAACAAACUGUUAUAACACCAACGACCGAUAAACCUUUUGAUGUUCGACACAAGCCAAAAUGGACAGAAGAUAAAGAUUUUAAAGACGGAAAAAUUAUGUCCAUGACACCAAAGGAAACAAUUUUUUGGGAAGAAUUUAUAAAAAGGUAUUUGAAACCGUUAGAUGCAAACAAAAAAGAGCAAGAAACGAUGAAACAGGCUCUUGCUGAAUUACGUAAUGAAGUUGUGGCAGGCUUUGCGUUUAUCAACCUUAUAUGGAUAUCUAUCAAUUUUAUGUUUCAACUUAGAAAACCUGCAGUAAUUGAGUUUCCGACAGCAUCAGGAGCAGAGAAUGUAGAUGACGAUGUGAUAAAGAUCGACGCACUUGGUUUAAUGUUUAUAAUAUUUUUUGUUCUGAUUCUCCUGAUCCAGUUUAUAGGAAUGAUUUUUCAUAGAUUGGGAACGCUCAUGCAUCUUAUAGCCAUUACGGAGAUACCUAAUCCAUUCAAAUGCGGAAAAAAACAAAGCUAUGGAAAUAUGGAGGAAGAAAAUACAGAAAAGCUUAAUGCCAAAGAGUUGGUACGGUUUUAUACAGAUGUAGUUGGAGAACCAAUGCCAGACUAUUCAGGUGAUGAAGAUGAUGAUGACGAUGAAGAAGACGCCAAAUUAGAAAAAGAACUAUCUGACACAAUUGUCAAUAACGCUGUCAUAGGCGUAAAGGGUAAUAUUGGUGGAACAAGGAAACCUGGGCUUGGAAUAUCGUUCAGAGAAACAAUGGCCAACAAGGAUAGUUUUCCCAAUAUUUUGAGAAGCACUAUGUCUAAGCCUAAUUUCAAACAGACAGUACGAAAUAUGAUAGCUAUUUCCAGGCGAAAAUAUGACGAAGGGACGAAACCUCUUCCAAAGGGCAACGUGCUGCGAUACCGUAAAAAUCAUCCACCAAUGUUACAGACUGAUUGGGAACAAGCAAAAAAGUUUGGAUCAAAUAAACCUGUUUUCCACGAUAUGAUAAACGAAAUUCAGAAUGAUCGAGACCUCAAACACAAAGUUAGAGGCUUAGAAAAUCAAACGACAGGUGAUAAUCUUAAGAGAACAUUUCGCCGUGAGACGUCCGUAUCAAAUUUGGAUGAACCCGUUAAUGACAAUUUAAGUGGUGCAGUCGGUACCUUAGAUCGUACGUUAUACAAAAAACUCAAUAAAAAAAAAAAAUUUCAAACCAUACAAAAUCCCGUUUCCAUCGCAAGUAAAUCUGACAGCAGAUUGUGUUUUAUAUAAAGAAACAACCCAAACCAUCACAUCAUUUUAAUGGACAAACAGCACAAAGGCAAAACACGUUUCCUUCUGUGUAAACUUUGGACUAUUUUGUAUAUAUAAACAUUUUAGUUGUCUUGUUUGUUUUAAUAUGGUUAUUUAUUUACGUGUGACGUUUUCAUAUAAUUUGUUUUAAAAAUUCAACAUAAUAACACUAGUACUAAAAAUUCAAAUAAUUGAUCAAACGGAUAAAAAUUGAUAAUGUCUAUAGAUUCAGUACCCAUAUUUAGAGCAUAACAUUCAUUCGAAGCUUCUUAUGAACUAAUGGACUGUUGUGGUUUCUUAUCUUUGAUUCAUAAGAAAGUGCAAGUGUUACAAUCCAUUUAGAUAUGUAUUUAAAAGUAUAAUAUGCAAUACUGUCCGUCGCUUGAGCUUACUAAUAAAAACUGAGAAGCUGAUCAAAUCGCUUUUAACGCAUCAGAACCAAAGACAAACUGCAUACAAUUAUUUAGAUAAUACAAUUCUCACAAAUGCACAUAAGUGUUAUAAGAUUUUCUUAGAAACAUAUUCCAACUCAUUUUAUAAUGUACUAUUAAAUGCAAGAUUUGCCAAAUAGAAAUUUUUAAACGGUAUUUGCUAUUAUGACCUCUCUUUUUUUUUUUU